GAUUUUUAACUCAUACAUCCAGCAGACGAAAACAGACCACUCCACUCCACCUCACAUCUCUCUCUCUCUCCAUUAAUGGCUGUUCCAUUGUAAUUCUCACAAACAUGCUUGUGAAUUACGCUUAGGACAACCCUACAAUCACAACCCCAACACCAAUUUUCAAUGGCGUCUUAUAUAGAAAUCAGUAGAUGCAAUCUCAUCCCUCUCUCUCUCUCCUCUCUCUGCGCUUGCCACUCUCGUCGUCCUUCCUCUUCUUCUUCUCUCAAAACCCUAAUUCUAACUCGACCCAAUUCCUCUAAUUUGAGACCCAGUCUGUUGUUCGAUGGCUCCAGACGCGUUUUCAGGGUUCCCAGGGGCAUUUCCGUGAACCGCCCCCGCGUAAUCACCGCUGUGGCUAGUACCGAACCGGACCGACUCGACGAAGGGGAAACCAAAGAGGAAGUUGACAAAGGCUAUAAUUUAUUAUUGAAGGUAGAUUCAACUUCAGAGCUCCAACAAAAAGCAGGUCAGUUGAAGAAAAGGAUUGUUUUUGGGCUUGGCAUUGGAAUUUCUUGUGGAGGUGUGGUAUUGGCUGGAGGAUGGGUUUUCACGGUGGCUAUUGCUGCUGCAGUUUUUGUUGGUUCACGGGAGUACUUUGAACUAGUUAGGAGUCGUGGAAUUGCUGCAGGAAUGACACCUCCUCCUCGAUAUGUGUCACGAUUUUGCUCUGUUAUCUGCACUCUCAUACCCAUCCUUACACUGUAUUUUGGUCUUGACGUUUCCGUGACAUCUGCAGCAUUUGUUGUUGCUAUGACAUUGCUUUUGCAGAGGGGAAAUCCACGUUUUGCUCAGCUCAGUAGUACCAUGUUUGGGCUAUUUUAUUGCGGUUAUCUUCCUUCCUUCUGGGUUAAGCUUCGUUGUGGUUUAGCGGCUCCAGCCUUAAAUUCAAGAGUGGUAACAGGAUGGCCUUUGCUUCUUGGUGGUCAGACUCUGUGGACAGUGGGUCUUGUGGCAACGUUAAUUUCUAUUAGCAGCAUAAUUGCUGCUGAUACUUGUGCUUUUGCUGGUGGCAAGGCAUUUGGUCGGACGCCACUUACUAAUAUUAGUCCAAAGAAGACAUGGGAGGGAGCUGCUGCGGGCUUAGCUGGUUGUAUAGCCACUUCUGUUAUAUUAUCAAGGAUUCUUAGUUGGCCAACAUCUUUUCUAAGUGCAAUAGCUUUUGGUGUUCUGAACUUCUUUGGAUCUCUUUUUGGUGACCUUACCGAGUCAAUGAUCAAGCGUGAUGCGGGUGUUAAGGACUCAGGGUCCCUUAUACCUGGACAUGUGAUUUUUGCAGGUGGACUACUAGACAGGGUAGACAGCUACAUAUUUACGGGUGCACUUGCCUACUCCUUCGUCAAAACUUUGCUACCUCUUUAUGGAGUUUGAUAUCGAACAGCCAUGAACAAAGGUUGAGUUUUUUCUGCUCAAUUGGUUCUGCAAAACUCGAAGCGAGCAGAAGCAAAUAAUCAAUAACUUGGACCAAGAGUUUUGUUAGAAUCUCGGGGAAGGUUAUCUGAGACUGCAAAUGCAACCCCGCCAGGUUUAGCUCAUUCACAUCUGAUUCUUUGCUCGGGAAAAUAUUACGUUUUGUGUUUUCUUGAAUUACAUGAAUCAAAUAAAUUGUAUUCUGGCAUAAGCUGGCGGCAUGUACCUUCUCCGCCUAUUGAUGGGUAUUGUAGUUUUCCUUGAUAAUAGGCAAUGCCUUUUUGCUAGUGAAAAUUUAUGGGUUGAAUUUAGUUUCAAAAUAUGAAAAACAAAUUAUGAAAAUUAUAUUAAACAAGUCAAUCUUUUUUUCUUUUUGGGAAUAAAUAUUGCUUUUAGUCUUUUGAAUAUAUAAUUAUAAGCUACCUGGGCAGGCUGUUGGGGCAUUAA